AAAAAGAAAAAAGAAAACAAUAAGAAGUGAAGUUUGGUGAACCCAUUUAAUACUUAAGAGCAAUUCAUGCAAGACAUUGACAAAUUGGUUACAACUUAGAGCCAAAUAGUAUAAAUUGUCCAACAACGGACAUCUAACCUCCCAAAUAGAGUCGUAUGGAGUGAUCCCACAUUUAAUUUUGCAUUUAAUGAUUUCUCAAAUUGAAAUUGAAAGUGAAAUUGAAAUUGAAAUUUGUAUCUCUCAUCAACUUAAAUAUGUGGGUGCACAAAAUAAUUCCUUUAAAAAUUUAAUUUUUAUUUUCCCCUAAUGCAAAGUAGAGGUUCCAUGGAAUUGAAUGCUUGCUCUCAUUUCAAAACACAUCACCUAUUUAAAAGGGCCUUCUUCUUGUCUCCAAACACAUCCCAAACAUAUAAAAGAAAAAGAAAAAGAAAAAAACAAACAAACAUGGGUUUCUCUUUGCUUUCUUCCCCCUUUGUUCACCCUCAGUUAAGUGAAAUUGUCUCCAAAAUGACUCUCUUUGACACCAUCUUCUUCUAUGCUAUACAUUUUGUGGACAAGAUGGAAUUAUGGCACAGAUUACCUGUAAUAUUGGGAAUAAUAUACUUGGCAAUUAGAAGGCAUCUACAUCAACGUUACAAUCUCUUAAAUGUUGGAGGAAUCAAUGGUCAGAAAUAUGACACCAAUGAAUUUUCUCAUCGAACGGCUGAUGGAAAAUGUAAUCACCCUUCUGAUCACAUCAUUGGGAGCCAAGGGACAUUUUUUGGUCGUAACAUGCCUCCAUCGUCUUCUCCUUAUUGGUUGUUAGAUCCUCACCCAACAGUUGUGGCCAACAAGCUUUUGGCAAGGAAGAAGUUCAUAGACAAUGGAAAGCAAUUCAAUAUGAUAGCUUGCUCAUGGAUCCAAUUUAUGAUUCAUGAUUGGAUUGAUCAUAUGGAGGAUACCCAACAGGUGGAAAUUAGAGCACCUGAUGAAAUUGCAGAUGGGUGUCCAUUGAAGUCCUUUAAAUUCUACAAGACAAAGAAAGUUCAUACAGGUUCACCUGAUUUCAGGACAGGAUGUGUCAAUACAAGAACUCCUUGGUGGGAUGGGAGUGUAAUUUAUGGGAAUAAUGAGGAUGGAAUGAGAAGAGUAAGAACAUUCAGAGAUGGGAAGUUAAAGAUUGCAGAAGAUGGCCUUCUUGAACAUGAUGAGAAAGGGAUUCCUAUUUCAGGUGAUGUCAGGAAUUGCUGGGCAGGUUUUUCCUUAUUGCAGGCCUUAUUUGUGAAAGAGCACAAUGCUGUAUGUGACAUGCUCAGAGAACAUUAUCCAGAUUCUGAUGAUGACAAGCUUUAUCAACAUGCAAGAUUGGUGACUUCAGCUGUCAUUGCUAAAAUUCAUACCAUUGAUUGGACUGUGGAGCUCUUAAAGACUAAUACCCUCCUUGCAGGAAUGAGGAUCAACUGGUAUGGAUUUUUUGGGAAGAAAGUUAAGGAUUUAUUUGGACACUUUGCUGGACCUUUGUUUAGUGGAUUGGUGGGUCUCAGAAAGCCAAGAGAUCAUGGUGUUCCCUAUUCACUGACUGAAGAGUUCACUAGUGUCUACAGAAUGCAUUCCCUGUUACCUGAUCAACUCAUCAUAAGGGACAUCAGAUCAACAACUUCAGAAUCUGGAUGCCCUCCAGUACUAGAAGAGGUGCCAAUGAAGGAAAUGGCAGGAAAGGAAGGGGAGAAAAAAAUGUCAGAAAUUGGAAUGGAGCUAAUGCUAGUGUCAAUGGGUCAUCAGGCAUGUGGAGCUGUCACAUUAUGGAACUACCCUUCAUGGAUGAGAAAUCUUGUUGCCCAUGACAUUAAUGGAGAAGAUAGACCAGAUCCUGUGGAUAUGGCUGCUAUCGAAAUCUAUAGAGACAGGGAGAGAGGUGUUGCUCGGUAUAACGAAUUCAGAAGGAACCUGUUAAUGAUUCCUAUCAGGAAGUGGGAAGAUUUGACAGAUGAACAAGAGGUUGUAGAAGCUCUCCACGAAGUCUAUGGAGAUGAUGUUGAGAAGCUAGAUUUGCUGAUAGGCCUACAUGCUGAAAAGAAAAUGAAAGGUUUUGCCAUUAGUGAAACUGCCUUUUUCAUCUUUCUUCUUAUAGCAUCAAGGAGGCUAGAGGCGGACAGAUUCUUCACCACCAAUUUCAAUUCUAAAUCCUACACAGAAAAAGGAUUAGAAUGGGUUAACAAGACAGAGACCUUGAAAGAUGUGAUCGAUCGCAAUUUCCCUGGUAUGACAAAGAAAUGGAUGCGAUGUUCAAGUGCAUUCUCAGUUUGGGAUUCAGAGCCAGAUCAAAUGAGCUAUGUGCCCUUAUAUUUGAGACCAGCAGCCUUAUGAAAUCCCUUUUCCCUUUUCUUUAAUGGGUACGGCAAUCCUUUUGCAGAACACAUAACAGUUGUACCAGUUGAAAGAAGUACAAAUAAUGUUACACAAAGAAGAGAAGGGAAGUACCAAAGAGAUAUCACAAGUACACAUGUACAGUGUUCAGUGUAGAUAUGAAAUAACAAAAGGCUUCCCCAAAUGUUUGAUUUUCUUUUCUUUCCUUUUUUUUUUUUUCACUAGAAUGUUAGAAUUUGCAUGUCUUUGUCUAUUCAAGGCAGGAAUGGCAACGAGUAGAAUAUCCGUCUGUUUAAGGAUAUUCGAAUCCGAACCGGAUUAAAAUACACAUAUUCUCUCAUCAAUUCACAGAUUUUUUGCCAAUUCAA